AUGACAUAUUCCCAGCCGCGAACACAGGUCUACGAAGAAGCGCCAUGCCCACUCACGACAAGUAUCGUACUUCCCGACGCCGUCUUGACAGGAGUGACGAUACAGCCGGCUAGUUCGCCAACUUCAUGUUGCGUUUUGCCUACACCAUCGGCUUCCCUUGAACUGAUCGCCUUCGAACCGAAUGCCACCGAUGUAGACUCGAUCUACUUCUACACGAGUAACAACGCUACAUCCCCAUAUUACGUUGGUACGCUGGUAGACGGCUUCCGUUGUCUCCUUGAUUUGUCACCAGAGGCCUUAGCGGCCGGCCGUCUUGCUGCGUAUCUCUCCAAUGGGGAGUCCAUCAUCUUCGACGAAACUGGCAUGCACUACUAUGGAGCAGGUUGUAACACGACAACUUCCGUCACCAUUUCCGAUUUCUUGACCCAACUCGCAGGAUUGCCAGACGCACCACCGCCAGCCGAAGCUGACCACAGAGGCAGAAGAGUCAGAAGAAGAGACCUUCCCGAGACCAACUUCACAGUCGCAGUCCAGGUAGCAGCUGCCAUCGACCUCUUCCUCCACGACCCCCAAGUAGCCUUCGGUGACUCGCCCUGCACGUUCGUCGACAUCCAGAACAUCACAGAAUGGGACAUACACUCUUGGACCUGCCAAUAUCCCGGCGCCAACAGUAGCGAGAAAAGCUGCGAAGAGAAGUUCCACUCCUGGUUCAAGCCCGACUCGCCUUCUCCCUCGGGAACCGGCCUCGACCAGACCGGAAAUGCUCUCUUCAACUUCGUCCCCCGUCUCAUCAACCGUGUUGGAAACAACCUUGCGGAUCUGUUUCCUGGUAUUAGCGAGCCGCUUCAACACGGCCUAAACUGGCUCAACAAUGCCCACAACGCCGUGCUGCACGCUGCUGAUGUCGGUGGUGGUGAACUUUGCGAGAUCCUUCAUGCACUCGACGAGUACGAUCUGAUCCUGUCAGACCCAGGAUUGCCAAGCUUGCACACAAUCGGGAACUACCACUCCCCUCCGCUCCCAACAAUCACCGAGGUGUUCGAGUCGCAUACCAAGAGGAUCACAAAGGAACCGCCGAGGCAGGUGAUGCCGACAGAGACGAGCUUCUCGAACGUGACUGAGACUUCGUUCUCUGAGAUUCCGGAUAUUCCUGAUCUGGCAUCCACAUCGAUAUCGGUGGCAGAGGACUUGGUCGAGGCUGCCAUUACUCCUUUCACCUCGUUGGGAUCUUUGCUUGAUGCCCCGCCGGAGGCGAGUGAUGAGGAGGCCGAGAGGUUGCCGACUGUCACUGUGACGGCUAUUGUUACGGAGAUUGUGACAUGGUUUGGGUUGGCUUCGUCGGCGGCGGAAGACAGCUUCACUCCAGAUAUGUUUAGUAGGGAUUUAGUUGCACAUUGAGUGGUUGCUUUCGUCUGUGUUGACGAUGUGGAAAUCUCGGAGAAGCUGUCUGAAAUCAUCGGAUUUUGGAAUGCAUUUAUUUCCGAAAGGUAUUUAAUGGUAAUGAACUCAUCGUGCCCCAUGAAGGUGAUGGUCGUAUGUUAGAUAAUUAUAUCAUCUUCCGUGAUCGAAGAACAUAAUUUGACUGCUCAAACGCUUUUCAUCCUCAUUUUCUUCCCUCGUUGAAAG